CACUGAGCACCUCCCAUUAUGCCAUAUAUAAAAUCUAAGAAAGAUCUGCCAGCCUCAGCAGUGUUGGAUAUCAAGUCUCAGAAAUGUGGGCUGCGUCACACAGUUUUCUCUGUAAGUGGGGAUGAAUACACUGGAGAGUGGCGUAACAACAAGAAGCACGGCAAAGGAACCCAGGUUUGGAAGGAGUCUGGGGCCGUCUAUGAUGGAGAGUGGAAAUGUGGGAAGCGUGAUGGACGUGGCACCUACAGCGUGUUGAUCCCAGAAUCAAAGGAGUAUGUGAGGAAGUACUGCGGCCAGUGGAAAGAGGGAAAGAAGCAUGGGUAUGGGACGUACUUUUACAAAACCUCUGCACUUUAUGAGGGAGAGUGGAAUGAGGACCAACGAAGCGGCUGGGGGCGGAUGUACUAUGACAAUGGAGACAUCUACGAGGGAGAAUGGAUGAAUGAUAAGAAUCACGGCGAGGGAAUCAUUCGAUUCACAAAUGGAAACUGGUAUGAAGGCUCCUGGCGAGACGGCGAGAAGAACGGGAACGGAAAAUUCUACUACUGUGACAAAGGGCAGCUUUACGUUGGCCUGUGGGUGAAUGGAUCAGCCAAAUGUGGGACGCUGACUGAUUUUGGGAGAGGUGAAGCACCGACUCCACCGAAAUAUCCCAUUCCAAAGGUGCAUCUCGUGGAUGUGCAGCUGGUUUUACAGGAGGCCGAAUCAGCCUAUUGUGAUCAGUAUUAA